UUUCUUUUCAGAAUUUUGUGCCGUCUUGGGGCCGGCAGACCUCCCUGACGACGUCAGUGAUAUCCAACACUGAGCAGAGCGUGGCUUACAAAGACUUCAUUUAUUUCACUGUCGUUGAAGGAAAUGUUCGCAACAUUUCUGAAGUCUCGGUUGAGUAUUUGUGCUCCCAGCCUUGCGUUGUCAAUUUGGAAGCGGUUGUCUCAUCCGAGUUCAGGAGUAGCAUUCCUGUGUACAAAAAACGGUGGAAGAACGAGAAGCAUCUUCACACCAGCAGGACACACUUGGUGCAGGUGAAAUUUCCAAGCAUCAUGGUUUACAGAGAUGACUAUUUCAUCAGACACUCCAUUUCCGUGUCGGUGGUGAUACUCCGCGCCUGGAUUACUCACAAAUACACUGGUGGAGACGUGAAUGUUAAAUGGGACGAAAACUUGCUACACGCUGUCGCGAAGAAUUAUACUCUGCUGAAGACGGUCCCGCCUUUUGAGCGCCCUUUCAAAGACCAUCAAGUGUGCCUUGAGUGGAACAUGGGUUAUAUUUGGAACCUUCAGGCAAACAAGAUUCCCCAGUGUCCUCUUGAAAAUGCCGUCUUGUCUUUUGCAGAUGUGGUCACCCUCCUGGGCUUUCUCUAUGCCUCCAGUGGAGAGAACACAGGCAUCGUGAAGAAGUUGCCGAGAUUUCGGAACCGUGAGCUGGAGGCCACCCGGCGCCAGCGGAUAGAUUACCCAGUGUUUACUGUUUCAUUGUGGCUUUAUUUACUCCAUUAUUGCAAGGCCAGUCUCUGCGGGAUUCUGUACUUUGUUGAUUCCAACGAGAUGUACGGCACGCCUUCUGUAUUUCUUACCGAAGAGGGCCUCUUGCAUAUUCAAAUGCAUCUUGUCAAAGGAGAUGACCUUGCAGUAAAGACGAAAUUCACCCUGCCUUUGAAGGAGUGGUUUCGCUUGGAUAUUUCAUUCAACGGAGGCCAGAUAGUAGUCACCACCAGCAUUGGACAGGAUUUGAAAAGUUACCACAAUCAGACCAUUAGAUUCCUGGAGGACUUCCAUUAUAAUGACACUGCUGGGUACUUCAUUAUCGGAGGGAGCAGGUAUGUGGCCGGCAUCGCAGGAUUUUUCGGACCUCUGAAAUACUACCGUCUCCGCACUCUGCACCCUGCACAGAUUUUUAAUCCCCUCCUUGAGAAGCAACUUGCUAAACAAAUCAAGUUAUAUUACGAAAGGUGUGCAGAAGUUCAAGAAAUAGUGUCUGUGUACGCAUCCACGGUACAACAAGGCAGCAGGAGCCAAGAAGCAUGUGACCUGCGGAACUCCUACUUGGACCUGAGGCGCAGGUACGGGAGACCCUCCAUGUGCAGAGCCUUCCCCUGGGAGAAGGAGCUGAGAGCCCAGCACCCCAGCUUGUUCCAGUCGUUGAUGGAAAUGGGUCUGUUGACGGCACCAACGCACCAACAUGAGUCCGUGUUGGAGAUCGGUGGGAUGAUAUUUGAGAAGGCUGCAAAGAGACUCUCCAGUGUUGAUGGUCUUCACCAAAUUAGUUCCGUGGUCCCCCUCCUGAUGGAUUCCAGCUGCUGCGGGUAUCAUAAAGCAUCCUACUACCUCGCGGUCUUUUAUGAAACUGGAUUAAAUAUACCUCGGGAUCAGCUGCAGGGCAUGUUGUAUAGUUUGGUUGGAGGCCAGGGCAGUGAGAGGCUGUCUUCAAUGAAUCUUGGAUACAAACACUUCCAAGGUAUUGACAACUACCCCCUGGACUGGGAGCUAUCCUACGCCUAUUACAGCAAUAUUGCCACAAAGACACCCCUGGACCAGCAGACGCUACAAGGAGAUCAGGCGUACGUUGAAACAAUUAGGCUAAAAGAUGAUGAAAUACUCAAGGUACAAACCAAAGAAGAUGGGGACGUCUUUAUGUGGUUGAAGCACGAAGCUAUCCGAGGCAACGCGGCGGCUCAGCAACGCUUGGCCCAGAUGUUGUUCUGGGGGCAGCAAGGUGUGGCCAAGAAUCCUGAAGCGGCGAUCGAGUGGUACGCCAGGGGUGCCCUGGAGACCGAGGACCCCGCGUUAAUAUAUGACUACGCCAUUGUGUUAUUCAAGGGUCAAGGAGUGAAAAAGAACAGACGGCUCGCCUUGGAGCUGAUGAAGAAAGCAGCUUCCAAGGGAUUGCAUCAGGCAGUCAAUGGUCUGGGAUGGUAUUACCACAAAUUCAAGAAAAAUUAUGUCAAAGCGGCAAAGUACUGGUUAAAAGCAGAAGAAAUGGGGAACCCAGACGCGUCAUACAAUCUUGGGGUCCUGUACUUGGAUGGCGUUUUCCCAGGAGUUCCUGGGAAGAAUCAGACUUUAGCUGGAGAAUAUUUCCAUAAGGCUGCGCAAGGCGGACACAUCGAAGGAACCUUGUGGUGUUCUCUCUACUAUAUAACAGGCAACCUGGAGACGUUCCCUAGAGACCCCGAGAAGGCUGUUGUGUGGGCAAAGCACAUCGCUGAGAAAAACGGCUACCUGGGCCACGUCAUUCGGAAAGGCCUCAACGCCUACCUGGAGGGCUCCUGGCACGAAGCUUUGCUGUAUUAUGUUUUAGCAGCAGAAACUGGUAUUGAAGUGUCACAGACAAAUUUAGCACACAUCUGUGAGGAGAGGCCGGACCUGGCCAAGAGAUAUUUGGGUGUUAAUUGUGUUUGGAGAUACUAUAAUUUCUCUGUUUUUCAAAUCGAUGCUCCUUCAUUUGCCUAUUUGAAAAUGGGAGACCUUUACUACUAUGGCCACCAAAACCAGUCACAAGACCUGGAGCUGUCGGUGCAGAUGUAUGCCCAAGCGGCACUGGAUGGGGACUCGCAGGGAUUUUUUAACCUGGCCCUGCUCAUUGAGGAAGGUGCUAUAAUUCCACAUCACAUUUUGGAUUUCUUGGAAAUUGACCCAACUCUCCAUGCAAAUAACAUCUCCAUCCUCCAGGAACUAUACGAAAGGUGCUGGAGCCACAGUAGUGAGGAGUCCCUGAGCCCCUGCUCCCUGGCCUGGCUCUACCUUCACUUCCGGCUCAUCUGGGGUGCUGUCCUGCACUCUGCCCUGAUCUAUUUCCUGGGAACCUUCCUGCUGUCUGUGUUGAUCGCCUGGACCCUGCAGUAUUUCCAGUCUGUCUCAGCCAACGGUUUCAACCUGACACCAGCCAGGGCCUCCCCAGACGACACCGCUCCCACUGCAAGUCCAGCUGUGACUCCAGCUGCAGAUGUCUCUGCUCAGGACCAGCCCACAGUCACUAAUAACCCAGAGCCACGUGGGUGAACUGUGCACUCCAGGUCUCUCUCGAUGUAAAGCUGGGGCCAGGGCAUUGUACUGAUAAACACCUUAAAAGUCUUGUCAACUGGAUGUGAAUUUUGCACUUGGUGUCUUUUUUUUUUUUAAUCAAAUGACAAAGGAGUGCCCAGAGCAUUCAAACAAAUACAAGGACCAUCUUGAUCUUAGGAGUGUGUUGGAGGUUAGCUGGGUCAUCGCAGACGUCCAUUCCCGGUGACUCUGUGUAUUGGGAGUCACAGUUUGCCCAGCAACAUAUCGGAAUCCUUAUAUCCUGGGAUGUCAUUUACGAAUCUUAGCCCCUUGUUCAUCCCCUUUUAUUCAAUAACAGAAAAUUGUGACUUUUCUACAAGUAGGUAAUAUUCUGGUACAUGUGUUUGCCACAGCCCUGCUCCUCGGAGUCCAACCAACAGAUUGCAAUUUGGCUUCCAACACCCAGCAGUUCUGAGGCACUUUGACAUAAAUCGGUUGUGGCUGGAAGUGCAGGGAAGGCGAUGGCUUUGUAAAUUGGUUUACAUUUUGCUCCUUGAAUUUUUCUAGGGUUGUAGUGCUUCCGAAUCAUUCAAUGACAUUGUUGGGCAUCGGUUACCUUUCAAUUGCAAUCCAUAAAAUAACAUUUAGAAAAUGCUUAGUAUUUAAGUGUAGCCUUCUCCAUGAAUUACCCAUUAGAAUAGACUGGCAGCAGUGGGAUGUGCAGGAAAAAUGCCUUUAGUUCACAGUUAUCCCCACCCCUUAUGCCUGCCUGAGUCCAUAUAGGUGUGUGUGUGUGUGUGUGUGUGUGUGUGUGUGUGUGUGUGUGAGACAGAGGGAGAGGAAAGGCAGACUGUGCACUGUAUGCUGCUAAGGUGGUAAAUAAAUCAGUAAUGCAAUAUUGUGGGUCCAAACUACUCUUUGCACUACUUUAUUUACAGUAGUAAAUAAAAAUUAUUUUUAUACAUUAA